CUUUUCCCCUCUGCAGUCCCUCCACCAAGUGUUUGCAUUCGUAAAAGCUGGGAUCUGCUUUCGCAAGGACUUUUAUCUAUUCCGUUACACUCAUAUGUUUGUCCAUAUCUUGUUUGUAACAUAAAGCAGGUCUUUCGGUGUCCGAUCUCUCAGCUGCGACGUGUUCCAGUCUCCUAAAUGGAUGCAAUGAAAUCGUUCCUGUUGGCCUACUUUAUCCCCGAGAAAUGCUACGAUGAGUUUUUCGUAAGGCUGCAACUGUUUCACGUGCCGUGUCUGAGAAUCGCCCUUCGGAAGACCCUGGGCAUCUGGGUCAUGCUCGGCUCUCUUACAGCAAAACUGCCCCAAAUGUUCAAGGUUGUGGGGGCAAAAAGCAGCGAGGGCCUGAGUCUGCCAUCUUCCCUGGUGGAGCUGUAUGCCGCAGCGGGCACCGUGGCCGUCCAAAUUGGCCGAAACUUCCCCCUCGACGCUUGGGGUGACAGUCUCUUCAUCCUUGUCCAGAUGGUGGUCAUCACCUUUCUCAUUCUCCACUACAGAGGGCACACAGUCAGAGGCUUGGCGUUCCUGCUCCUCUGCUGCUGCCUUCUUUGUGUCCUGCUUUUCUGCACACUCCCCAGGCUGGUGCUAACAGCGGUCCAGGUGUCCAUUGCUCCCACCGUCAUUGUAUCCCGGCUCCUGCAGGCGUGGACCUGCUUCCAGAUUGGCCACACGGGGCAGCUCUCUGCUCUCUCCAUCUUCCUGCGGUUUGCCGGCUCCCAGGCCCAGCUCAUCUCCUCCGCCCUGGAGAUGGGAGAGCUGACGAAGAUCCUGCCCUACGUGAUCAUCUACUGCUCCGAUGGUCUCCUGGCAGCUCAGAUGUUGUGCUACUGGGGCCGUGGGCCAGGUCUGAAGAAGAAGGUGGAGUAGCUGAGAGCACAACUGUGUCUUCACAGACAGCAUCCAGAACUUCUUCAAGGAUCUGCUCUGUACUGUGAGGGACAUCACCCCAAGCAUGCAGCUUUACCUGUUUCCUCUGAGGAGAACGACCCCCUCCAUCCACUCUUCCUCUUUUCUGCUCCUCACCAACUCAACCUUGACCAUGAGGAAUUCAGUAAUGUGAGACAUGUUGAGUGUCUUUCUGCAGGACUGGGCCAUUCUAACCCCCUCUCCCCUCAUUUAAUGAUGAAAUGUUUUACCCCGUCUCAUCCAGAGGCUGUUUUGUGUUAAUGCCAAAAUAGUAUUUGUUUGGGAGUCACCACAUAUUUGAUCUUGAGUCAUGCUGGGAGUCACCACUUACUUGAGACUGAGUCACGUUGGGAGUCACUCCAGCACCAUAUUUGAUUCAUGCAAGGAGUUAUUAAGCUGCCAGUUGCUCAGCUGAUGUAAUAUUGGUGGUACCUGAGGCUCUUUUCCCCCCACGGAGAGCAGCCCGCCCACUUAUCAGAGUUCCCUCAGCGAUGCAACGAAAGCAAUGAAAUGAGGCAAUGAUAAUGCCCCCGUCUCCUGUGAUUGGUAUAUUCCGUUCAUCCGUGCUACUCACAGGCCUCAGAAACAGUUAUUUUAACAGGAACCGUAGAGCAGCCCUUUCUCUGAGUUCUCAUGUAUAUCCUGCUUAUUGAUGCUUCAUAUUUAGUCAUCUUCAUACCAGGUAAUGCAGAAAAGAAGAUGGCCACCAGGGGGCAUUAUCAUCGUCAAACUGGUCUUGCAACUACAAGUUUUUCAGCAACUACCAGAGAAAACGCCUUUCUAGUGUACUUUGGAUAAAAACCUACUGUAAGCGUCUGGCCUCUUAAUCGACUUUGAUCAAGAUGCCUGUAGUCUCACAGAUGGUGAAUUUGGAGCCAAGAUGCAAUUCGUGUUAUCACCAAAAGAUGGAAGCCAAGCUCACUUAAAGCUGUGGUUCUCGCGCUUGGCUGCAGCGCCGCCUUGUGUACGCCUUUGUGGUUUCAUCUGUUCCAAUACGACUGAUUUGGUGACCAACACACGGCCGGAGAGAGAACUUUUGUUUUCAACACAACUGAAAGAUUAUAGCGAAUAGCGUAAUUGUAAUUGUGCAAUUCGCUCAACAAUUGGUAAUUUAUUAUGAGCUAAAUUAGAUAUGGAUAUUAAAAACUGCGUGGUUCUAAACCCCUAA